ACAAAACAAAAGCUUGUUUGACGCCUCAGCCCCGCAAAAAUCCGAGCCCAUUUUCAAUUUUUCUCUCUAUUUUGCUUUUUCCUCAGAAUCCAGAGACACGCUCUUUUUCUCAGCUUCCAAACUGAGAGAAAAUUAAGCUUUGUUUGUUUGAGGAGGUAGAAAGGUGGAGAUGAGUGAGAGAGAGGACGAGCUGGGGUUGAGUUUGAGCUUGGGAUGUGCGCGGAAUACUCAGCCUUCUUCUUCGUUCAGGUUGAAUCUCAGGUCGGUGAUGCAAAAUCAUCACCAAAAGAACGCCUGGACUGAGCUGUUUCAAUCCUCUGACCGGAGCUCGAACGCGAGAUCUUUUCUGCGAGGAAUUGAUGUGAACCUAGCGCCGUCUGUGGCGGAGUGCGAGGAGGACGCGGGGGUCUCGUCUCCAAACAGCACUAUUUCUUCGAGCGUAAGUGGGAAGAGAGGUGAGAGGGACGCGAUUGGAGAUGAGAACGAGGCUGAGAGAGCGUCUUGCUCUCGUGGGAGUGAUGAUGAGGACGGUGGAGGCGGGGACGCUUCCAGGAAGAAGCUCCGGCUGUCCAAGGAACAGUCGAUGGUGCUGGAAGAGACGUUCAAAGAGCACAGCACCCUGAAUCCGAAGCAAAAGCUGGCGCUGGCUAAGCAGUUGAAUCUGAGGGCUAGGCAGGUGGAGGUCUGGUUUCAGAACAGAAGGGCAAGGACGAAGCUGAAGCAGACGGAGGUGGAUUGCGAGUAUCUGAAGAAAUGUUGUGAGACUCUGACGGAGGAGAACCGGCGGCUGCACAAGGAGGUGCAGGAGCUCCGAGCAUUGAAGCUCUCCCCGCAGCUUUACAUGCACAUGAACCCUCCCACAACCCUCACCAUGUGUCCUUCCUGUGAACGCGUGGCAGUUUCUUCAUCGUCUUCCUCCGCUGCUGCUUCCACCACGUCUGCUCCCAGCCGCCAACAACGGCCAAUGCCCAUGAGCCCUUGGGCUAGUACGCCAGCUGGUCACCGACCGUUCGAUGCUCCGGCAUCUAAAUCUUAAGCAUUGAUGGGAUGGGGGAACAUUUGAUGUUUUGGGAAGCGUUUAAUUAAUGGUUUAAUGUCGAUGGUUAGGAUACGGUUUCUUGCUUUUAAGGGGAUGGAUAUGGAUGUUUCCUUUUGGAAUUGUAAAGGGGUGAGUGGUGGUACAAAUUCCUGUUUAUAAAUAGGAAGGAGAUGAUUUUAAAGAUUUAUAAGAGGAGCAGAAUCUGAACCUUCUCUUUUGGUUGGUAUUUUCGGAUUUGUUAUGGGAAUCUGGGAAAUCAGUAAAGGUGACAACAUUAA